UUAAGAGAUGAUAAUAAAAAAAGUUACAUCAUGUAAACAUUGCUAAACUCAGAUAAAAUUAUGCUUAGAACACAGAUAUACUUGAAAGAAAAAAUGCUAUUUAUAAACAGUAAUAGGAGUAAUCCAUAAAAGAACAAGUAAUCAACAAUAUGGCAGCUUUAACAUCAACUAAAAGAGCUUUGAGAAAAGAAAUUACGGGUAUUCUUAAAAAUAUUAGUCUAGAAGAAAGAAAGGAGCAAUCUGCAAAUGUGUUUAAAAAGCUAUGCCAGUUAAAACAAUAUCAAAAUAGUAAGAGGAUUUCUUUGUAUUUGAGUACUAAAGAUGAAAUUGACACUUUGCCCAUCUUGAAACAUAUAUUUGAUAUGGGAAAAGAGGUAUUUAUACCGCAAUAUCAUGGAAAAACUAUGGAAAUGUUAAAACUAAGGUCGAUGGAGGAUUAUGAAACAUUGCCACUAACAAAAUGGAACAUUAAACAACCAAGUACUACUGAAAGUCAUGAAAACGCAUUAGAAACAGGUGGAUUAGAUUUAGUAAUUUUACCGGGUGUUGCUUUCACGAUGAAUGGAAAACGUUUGGGACAUGGAAUGGGUUAUUACGAUAAGUACUUAAAAAGAUGUUUUCAAAAAAGCAUAAAGCCAUAUUUGAUUGCAGUAGGAUUUAAAGAACAAAUACAAGAAGACAUUCCUGUUAAUGAGAAUGAUGUGCCUGUUGAUAUUAUACUUACUGGAUAAUA